CAGCGCAGCAGCUGCCGCAGCCCGUCGUGCCGCUGCUGUGCCGCCGCCACUGAGCGCCGCCGCGGACAGCGGCUUCCCGGAGGCAGCGGCGGCAGGAGGAAGCGUUUUCAACGGGAGCGGAGGAAAGCGCGGCGGCAACCGGGACGGGGGGGGGGCAGGAGUCGCGCCUGCCCACCCACCCUCCCUGGGUGUGGGGAGCAGCCGCCAGCACCUCGGGGACCGCACGCGAUGUGGCAAUGGGAGGCGCGGGGUGCGACUCGGCAGGAGCGGCCGCGGCGGCAGCCACCGCCCAACGCUCCGCGUGAAGCGGCCACGCAGCGGCGGCAGCAGCAGCAGCAGCAGCAGCAGCCCGCGGUCUGCAGCGCCGCCGGCCCCCCGCGGGCCCUUCCGCGCUCCGCGGGCCACUACCGGGCUUCGGGCCCCGCAGCAGCGGCGGCAGCAGUAGAACCAAAGGCAACUCCCUCACCCCGCCGGCAGCGGCGGCAACAUGGCCUCAGCCGUUAACGAGUUGGAGCCGGAGGCGAGCAGCGGUGCGGGGGGCGGUGGCGGCCACCCCGCCCGGGCGGCGAGGAGCGAUAGCGGGAGGCGGCGAAGGACCGGAGGGAACAAGCGCGCCGCGGCGCCCGACCGGGAGUAUCUGCAGCGACCAAGCUAUUACGAUGCGGCUUUCGCCUUGGAGCAGAUCUCAAAGGGGAAAGCUACUGGAAGAAAAGCACCACUGUGGCUGAGAGCAAAGUUUCAGAGACUGUUAUUUAAACUGGGCUGUUACAUUCAAAAAAACUGUGGAAAGUUUUUGGUUGUUGGCCUUCUCAUAUUUGUGGCUUUUGCUGUAGGAUUAAGGGCAGCAAAUCUUGAAACCAACGUGGAGGAGCUGUGGGUGGAAGUUGGUGGACGAGUGAGUCGGGAAUUAAAUUACACACGGCAGAAGAUUGGAGAAGAGGCUAUGUUUAACCCCCAGCUCAUGAUUCAGACUCCACAGGAAGAUGGUGCUAAUGUACUAACAAUAGAAGCAUUCAGACAGCACCUUGACUCUGCACUUCAGGCCAGCAGAGUAGAUGUUUAUAUGUACAACAGACAAUGGAAAUUGGAACACUUAUGUUAUAAAUCAGGAGAACUCAUCACAGAAGCAGGUUACAUGGACCAGAUCAUAGAAUAUCUUUAUCCUUGUUUAAUUAUCACUCCUUUGGACUGCUUCUGGGAGGGAGCAAAGCUACAGUCAGGAACUGCCUAUCUAUUAGGGAAACCUCCUUUGCAGUGGAUCAACUUUGACCCCUUAGAAUUCUUAGAAGAGUUAAAGAAAAUAAACUACCAAGUGGAGAGCUGGGAAGAAAUGCUGAAUAAAGCAGAGGUUGGUCAUGGUUAUAUGGAUCGACCUUGUCUGAAUCCUGCUGAUCCUGAUUGCCCAAUCACAGCUCCCAACAAAAAUUCCACCGAACCUCUUGAUGUGGCUCUUGUUUUGAGCGGUGGAUGCUAUGGACUGUCAAGAAAAUACAUGCAUUGGCAGGAGGAAUUGAUUAUAGGUGGUACAGUCAAGAAUAGUUCUGGUAAACUUGUCAGUGCCCAGGCUUUGCAAACCAUGUUUCAGUUAAUGACUCCUAAGCAAAUGUAUGAGCACUUCAAGGGGUAUGAAUAUGUUUCACAUAUCAACUGGAGUGAGGAUAAGGCAGCAGCAAUUCUGGAAGCCUGGCAGCGGAUGUAUGUUAAGGUUGUUCAUCAAAGCGUUGCACAAAACUCUACUCAGAAGGUGCUUUCCUUUACUACAACUACCCUGGAUGACAUUCUAAAGUCAUUUUCUGAUGUCAGUGUUAUCAGAGUAGCUAGUGGCUACUUACUAAUGCUUACCUAUGCCUGUUUAACAAUGCUGCGGUGGGACUGUGCCAAGUCUCAGGGUGCUGUGGGGCUGGCAGGAGUCGUCUUGGUUGCUCUCUCAGUGGCUGCAGGAUUGGGUCUGUGCUCAUUGAUUGGAAUUUCCUUUAAUGCUGCCACAACUCAGGUUUUGCCUUUUCUUGCUCUUGGAGUUGGUGUAGAUGAUAUAUUCCUUCUGGUACAUGCAUUUAGUGAAACAGGGCAGAAUAAGAGAAUUCCAUUUGAGGACAGAACAGGUGAAUGUUUGAAGCGAACAGGAGCAAGCAUAGCCCUUACAUCUAUCAGCAAUGUUACUGCUUUCUUUAUGGCUGCCUUAAUCCCUAUUCCUGCUUUACGAGCAUUUUCACUCCAAGCAGCAGUUGUGGUGGUAUUCAACUUUGCUAUGGUUUUGCUGAUUUUUCCUGCUAUCCUGAGCAUGGACCUUUAUCGUCGGGAAGACAGGAGACUGGAUAUAUUCUGCUGUUUUACAAGUCCGUGUGCCACUAGAGUGAUUCAGAUUGAUCCUCGAGCAUAUGUGGAAAACAGUGAUAAUACUUGCUACAGUCUUCCACCCUCAUACAGCAGUCACAGUUUUGCGCAUGAAACUCAGAUUACAAUGCAGUCUACAGUGCAGUUGCGCACAGAAUAUGAUCCUCAUGCACAGGUGUACUACACCACAGCAGAGCCUUGCUCAGCAAUAUCUGUGCAGCCAGUAACAGUGACGCAAGAUAAUCAUCUCAGCUGCCAGAGCCCAGAAAGCACAAGCUCGGCAAGAGAUUUGCUUUCCCAAUUCUCAGACUCCAGUAUGCAUUGCUUUGAGCCACCCUGUACUAAAUGGACACUCUCUUCUUUUUCAGAAAAGCAUUAUGCUCCAUUCCUGCUAAAACCAAAAGCUAAGAUUGUGGUUAUUUUUCUUUUUCUGGGUUUACUUGGGCUCAGCCUUUAUGGAACUACCCGUGCUAGAGAUGGACUGAAUCUCACAGACAUUGUACCACGAGAAACCCAGGAAUAUGACUUUAUUGCAGCACAGUUCAAGUAUUUCUCUUUUUACAACAUGUAUAUAGUGACACAGAAAGCAGACUAUCCCAAUGUCCAGCACUUACUUUAUGAACUUCACAAAAGUUUCAGUAAUGUGACAUACGUUUUGUUGGAAGAGGAUAAGCAGCUUCCCAAAAUGUGGUUGCACUACUUUCGAGACUGGCUGCAAGGACUUCAGCAUGCUUUUGACAGUGACUGGGAAGCUGGGAAAAUCACUUACAACAAUUAUGAAAAUGGAUCCGACGAUGCUGUUCUGGCUUACAAACUCUUGGUGCAAACAGGCAACCGAGCAAAGCCCAUUGACAUCAGCCAGUUGACUAAACAGCGUUUGGUGGAUGCAGAUGGAAUCAUUAACCCAAAUGCUUUCUACGUCUACCUGACAGCCUGGGUUAGCAAUGACCCUGUGGCCUACGCUGCCUCACAAGCCAACAUCCGGCCUCACCGCCCAGAAUGGGUCCAUGACAAAGCAGACUAUAUGCCAGAAACAAGGCUGAGAAUUCCAGCAGCUGAGCCCAUAGAAUAUGCUCAGUUUCCUUUCUACCUCAAUGGAUUGCGUGAAACUUCUGACUUUGUGGAAGCUAUCAAGAAAGUGAGAGCUAUCUGUAAUAACUAUGCUGGCCUGGGGGUCGCCAGCUACCCAAAUGGUUACCCAUUUCUAUUUUGGGAGCAGUAUAUUGGGCUUCGUCACUGGCUCCUCUUAUCCAUUAGUGUGGUUUUGGCUUGCACGUUUCUGGUGUGUGCCCUCUUCCUCCUGAACCCUUGGACGUCUGGCAUCAUUGUGGUGGUGCUGGCUCUGAUGACUGUGGAGCUGUUUGGCAUAAUGGGUCUAAUUGGAAUAAAGCUGAGUGCAGUGCCUGUGGUUAUCCUGGUUGCUUCUGUUGGCAUUGGUGUGGAAUUCACUGUUCAUAUUGCUUUGGCAUUUUUAACUGCUGUAGGAGACAAGAACCAUAGGGCUGUCCUUGCAUUGGAACAUAUGUUUGCACCAGUGUUGGAUGGAGCUGUGUCCACUCUGUUUGGAGUGUUAAUGCUCGCAGGAUCGGAGUUUGAUUUUAUUGUCAGGUAUUUUUUUGCUGUUUUGGCAAUCUUAACCAUUUUGGGAGUUCUCAAUGGAUUGGUGCUGCUUCCUGUUCUUCUUUCACUCUUUGGACCAUACCCUGAGGUUUCUCCAGCCAGUGGACGAAACAGAUUACCUACUCCAUCUUCUGAGCCACCCCUUAGCAUCGUGAGGUUUGCACUGCCACCCGGGCACACAAAUAAUGGGUCAGAUUCCUCUGAUUCUAAGUACAGCUCUCAAACUUCAGUGUCAGGCAUCAGUGAAGAGCUCCAUCAGUAUGAGGCUACUCAAGGCUCUGGGGCACCAGUCCAUCAAGUAAUAGUGGAAGCCACUGAAAAUCCUGUCUUUGCAAGAUCCACUGUGGUUCAGCCAGAGACAAGGUAUCAGUCGAAUCCCAGAUUGCAAUCAAAUCCAGAGGCUGGCACUCAGCAGGCAUGGCAUCAGGGCAGACAACCAAAAUGGGAAACAACAGAAGGGCUGUGGCCACGUCCUUACUGUCCUUGCAGGGACACUUUUGAAAUUUCUGCUGAAUGGCAUUCAGGACCUAGCAAUAGGGGUUGCUUGGGCCACAAGGCUCAUUCUCAUAACAUGAGAAGCCCAGUGUUUGGUGCCAUGAGUGCCUCAGGACCAGCCUACUGCCAGCCUAUCACUACUGUGACUGCCUCAGCUUCAGUGACUGUUGCUGUCCACUCUGUCGUGCACAACCACAACUCUUGGGGAGGGAGCUUUCUGUCCUACAAGGGAUACUAUGAAGCUGAUCAUGGGCCAUUUGAGGACCCCCACAUGCCUUUUGAUGUGUGGUAUGAAAGAAGAAAUUCUAAAGUAGAAGUUAUAAAACUGCAAUAUGUUGAAUGUGAAGAAAGGAUACCUGGCAGCAACUCAGAAUAAGGUAGAUCUGUCUCCUGUAGCCAGUAGAUUUGCCUGUCUUGGAAGAUAAGAAUUCUCUGAAGUACCUUUCCUUCAGGAAGCAUCACGCUCGCAGGCUCUGAUCCUGCUGGGGGUCUUCAACCACCCUGACAUCCACUGGAAAAGUGGCACAGCAAGCUGCAAGCAGUCUAGGAGACUCUUGGAGUGCAUUGAGGAUAACUUCCUAAUCCAGGUGAUAGAAAGCCCAACCAGAGGAGAUGCAUUACUGGGCCUGUUGCUCACCAACGCAGAGGAACUUAUUGGAGAGGUCAAGAUUGGGUAAUAACUGAAGCAACGAAGAGGCCAAAGAUGGAAAACUCUAUUUCCAGAACUGCUUGAAGAGCUGCUCAAAGUUGUGGAAAAGGACAUGCUGCAUCAGGACAACAAUUCACUGUUACUGUGCUGGAUAUUGGGAGGUGCUGGUGGUUAUAGAAAUUCGGUGAGCAUAUGCCUUAUUUUGAUAUUGAUACUGUUAACUAUGAGUGGCAUUAGAAGCUAAAUAAUCUAGUUUUUUGUUGGUAAGCCACAGCUCAGCUGUGUCCUUAUAGCAUUCAAAGCAGUAUCCUGUGUCACCUUAUUUUAAUGGCAGGAAAGAAGUUAAUAGUAAGUGAGAAAAAUCAAAUGGAAGGAUGAAAAAAAAAAUCUUAUAUUUUUAUUUAUUAAAUAUCAAUGACUUUCUGUUGGAUCCAGGACUCUAAUGAAUGACACUUAAGACCUGGUAUGUUUUUUUCUCUGUUGUUUUGAUUGUUUUUUCCCACACUGCAUUGGCACUUUUAAUUAAAACAGCUAAACUGGGAUCUCUUUGUGAAACUAAUUUAGCUUUUUUUGUUAUUUUUAAACUAAAGACGGAUUGCUACAGGUGAAGGACCUGGAAAAAUGUUACUAUCUCUGUGUCCUGGUUGAAACCAAACCCUAAAAAUGGAGUACCUUAAUUUAAAAUGCUAGAACAAAAUUUGUCAUUCUCUUCACCUUUCUCCAUCUUUUUUUCUGCACUUCUCCAAGCUGUUUUGUAGAGCAGGUAGAUGAUCAAAUAUGUAUUCAGAGCCAAACACACACAACCAACAUUCGAUUUUUAAACACAGUGAUGAUGGGGCUUUUCUUUAAAUACAAUACCUAAACAGGAGAUGCAUAUUCUUUGAUGGGAAGGUGUAUUUCUCCAGUGGCUUCAGGGAGUCUAUCUUAGCACACAGACCUUCCCAGCACAGUGAAUGGGGAUAACUAGAAUGCACAAAUUUUCACGCCUUUUUCGCUUACUUGAAAACACUUUGAGGCACUUGUUUACAGAUCCUCAACGUGAACACUUGAGACAGUGAGAGCCUGACAUUGUUCCUGUGAUACAUAAGCUACUGUUUCGAUGCACACUAGGGGAUAAUGUUGUAAUUGCCUACUGGUCCAGUUCACUGUCUAACAUGAAAACUCUUAAUGACAAAAAGAUGAGGGGCCCCAAUUUAGUACUAGCAGCAUAGUGACCUCAGGUCAUAAAAACCCUGCAACAAAACUGUGUGAUACUAAUUGGAAGCUACCUUCGACUGCCAAGUGUGUGUGCUCCUGUGUCAGAGGUUGGCAGAGCUCCCACUCACACCGCUGGUGCAGCCCACAGGCAUGUGCUCCAUUUCUCCAUCCUCUUCCUCUGAGGUGAUAACAGGACAGAAGGGGUCAAGGAAGAGCUGUGAUGUCUCCUAUCUGCCCCUGCUCAAUUCCUUGUUCUGUAUAUGUGCAGGUGCCCUGUCUAUUGCUUCACACUUCGAUAGUCACAUUGGCAAAGGGAGAACUCCAUGGCUGGCAACAUUUAUUUUGGUUUGGUUUGGGUUUUUUUAAAACCUUUUUUAAUUGUGGGUGAAAUUUAUAUUUUUGUAUCAUAAGAGUGUUUUCUUACAGUAUUUGUCAUGCCAGUUUAUACCAAACAAAAUGCAGGGAUUUUAUUUCUAUUGGAAACACUAUUACAGCUAUGUUUUUCCUUUUUAAUGUAUUUUUAUUUGUAUAGAGUGCUUACUAAUGUUAAAUAGGAAAGAGUAUAUAGCACAUUAAAGAAUCAUCAUAGCUCUUAGCAUAAGGAGUUAAAAGGAAAAAAUAUUCAAACUGGUUCUCAUCACCUGUCUAUUGUGGUAGCAGUGGGUUUGUGUCAUUUCAUGUCAUUAUGCCAUAAAAUUUAUUUAUGUGAAAAUUUAUUUUUUUAGUCAUUAAGUCUUUUGACAGAAGUAUAUUUUUAAAGAGUUUAUAUGCAAUGAUGAUAGCAUUAUGUUUUAGACCACUGCUGAAAUGUGAUUAUGGUGCAUACUUUUCCUUGAAAACCCCAUGGCAGAAAAGAACGUGUUAAACAGCAUUAAGAGAGAAAGAGAGUGUGAAUAUUCAUACAGUUCUGGACUGUGUUUUAGUUACUAUUUGUGAUCUAGUGUGGUUCUCAUUUUAAACCUUGAAAGGAAAUUGUACAAACUCUCUAAAUAUUAAUGUUCAAACAGUGAUAGAAGUUCUAACAUGAAUAAAAAUGCUAUAACUUAUUGGUUAUGGAUUUUGUUGUUUAUAGAAUGCUUUUUUAAUGUACUGGUCAACUAUGCAGUUACAAUCAUGCAAUUAUACUGAUUGCU